UAAAAGUAUAGUCUCUUAUUUAACAUAGUCGACAAGCCGGCAGUUGCUCAGUCGACCACCGUCCGUAACAGAGUAAUCGUAUUUCGAAGUUAAUAUAUCGGUGAACCGGUACAACUUGGACAGUCUUUGGGAACUUCCACUUGUGAAAAGUGACAGUUGCCUUUUGUCAUGGCUUUCUUAGUCUUCACACUGGUACUAUUGUCGUCGAAGUUGGUUGUCGGCAAUUUCAGCUACGAUGGAAAUAGUGGACCAUUGCAUUGGGGUGAUGAAUACAAACAAUGUAUAGGAAAAUUCCAGUCACCCAUUGAUAUAGAAGAAAAGGAUGUCACAAACAUGACUUUCCCAAAACUACAAUUUUCUGAUACAGAGAAUUCCCACGUAGCUUACAUGAUUAAUAAUGGCCAUACAGUGAUGAUUCGAAGUUUCGAUCCUGAUUUACCCACGAUAUUAGGCGGGCCCAUCAACAAUACAUACGUGUUUCAACAAUUACACUUUCAUUGGGGUCAAAAUGAUAAUCUUGGAUCCGAGGAUCUUAUUAAUAAUCACUCGUUUUCCAUGGAGCUGCACGCAGUUUUUUGGAAGAAACAAUAUGGCUCAUAUGACAAAGCGACAGAAUAUUCUGAUGGCCUCACUGUGCUUGGAUACUUAUAUCAGGUAAAUAUUAAAUCAUUACACGAAGUCUAUACUUACUUUAUUUAUUUGCAGUUGGCUGUGUUUCGUAAAAUUCAAUCCAGUGAUGGAAGAAAUUUAACACAUAAUUUCCGUCCGGUGCAACCAUUAGAUGGUAGAAUAGUUUAUCGUAAUGUCCCAACUUCCAUGAUUUCCGGAACUACUAUUAUUACAGAUUCUAAACAAACGACGAAUAGUUCUAAAAAACUAAAGCCAACAAAACAAUCUAAUGAAGAAAAUUCUCAUAAGAAAGAUGAUCAUAAUGGACAACAAAGCAUGUGGACCGUAUCAUCAUUUGGAGUGAUACUUGGGCUUAUUUUUCUUUUACAAUAUCAAUAAUACACUGGAAGCUUUAAUCAAUUAUUUUGACUUUUAUGUAAUUUAAAAUAAUUAAUAAUAAAUAAGUAAAUUAAAUAAUAUUAUAUUUAACAUUAAACUAUUUAAUAUUAUAUUUAAUGUUGUGUAUUUACACAAUACUUUUUGGUGCAAAAGAAUUUAUGAAAUUAUUAAAUAUCUUUAUAUUU